UUGAGCAACACAAAAGUUGACAUAUCGUUUGGAGUCAAACUAAAUUGUACAGUCCUUGAAAAAUAAUUUUAAAAACUAAAAAAAGACAAUGCUUUCCGUAAGGCGAGUUAAGGCCAAAACCAUUAGCAAAAAUAAGAGAAUGAAAGCGCCCAAAACGGAUCCACAGCAGCAACGUUUUUUGAAGACCUGUUUUAAAAAAAAAUCCUCUGUGCCACAAAAUCAAAAAGUUUGGAGGCGAACUGUGGUGCAGACCAAACCUAAGCAAAAAUCCAAGAUUCCCAAGCUAUUUCGCAUGGAUCGGGUGACGGGUCUACCGGUGGACUACGAAAUGACCGUUCACCGAGUGAUGCACUACGUGAAUCCCCAUUUGAGCAACCAACAAAGUGCCGAGGAAGUUCUAGAGGAGCUGCUGACCAAAAUGUUUGCCAAGGGAAUGAUCCAGUGUUGCCAGGGUCAUCAGCAGGUCAACCAACUUCAUUCAUUGCUCAAAAACGAUUGCAGUUGCCAACAGAUAAGCAAGAUAGACAAAGACAGUCGGGAAGCAAACGAGAAUUUAAGUAAUUUUCAUAGUGCUUGCAAACUAGGACCUCGCCGUAUCUUAAGCCCCAACCUUGGUCCCACAUACAUGAGUAGGUUUAACUUCAACCAGUUGAGGAUUAAAAGCUUCUAAUUUGUCAAUAAUGUCAAAGCAUGUAGUGUUUUGGUUACAGAAAAUUGCAUAAAGUGAAUGGGUUAAUAAAUAUUUUGAACUUUUA